AUGGAUAUUCAAAUGCCACAGAUGGACGGAUUUGAAGCGACUCGGCAGAUAAGGAUGAUGGAGCAGGAAGCAAAAGAGAAGACGAAGCUCGAAUGGCAUUUACCUAUUCUGGCGAUGACCGCGGAUGUGAUUCAUGCAACCUAUGAAGAAUGUUUGAAGAGUGGAAUGGAUGGUUAUGUCUCAAAGCCUUUUGAAGAAGAGAAUCUCUAUAAAUCUGUUGCCAAAUCAUUCAAACCUAAUCCAAUCUCAGAUUCUUCUUCUUCAUAAUCCAAUCUUCCGGCGAGUCUUUUUUUUGUUUGUCUCUCUGCAGCCGGAGAAUGGACCGAUUCUGCUGAUUGAUUGGGAUAUAUAUGCAUUUUGAUUGCUGUAAAUAUAGGUUCACAGUCCAGAGAUUUUGUAAGGUUUUUUUUCUUCUUUUUCUAAGUAAUGUAGCUUGGUAUGGCCAUUAAGUAUGUUGUUUAAUGACAACUAUCGACGGUUCAGUGUUGAUCUUAGCCUAAGUAUUAAUUCCACAGGAAUGGGUCUGUACUGUAUCAGAUUUGGUUAGUUGUUUAAACAUCAGUUUCGUGUAAUUUUCUAAUAAUCUCUUUAUUU